AAAAAAACUUCUCAACUCAUUUCGGGUACGAUUCUUUUCUCCUCCUUCAGAGCGCCGGGCAUUGACCAGUUUUUAAGUCCCUCGCGUGGGCUUUCCACAUCUUUAAGUACCGUGACUCCAGCUUUACUCUCGUGGAAACAACCAAGAAGUUUCUGUCUCUCAUCUCCUUCUUCUCGAUAAUUUAAUAAAAUAUAAUCAGAACAAAGGCAGCGGAGCCCCCUCAAUCCUCCGUUUUCAAAUCGAUGGAUACCUUCGUCUUUUAGGUUUUGAAGGUUAGUAAGCUCUGCCUGUGAUGAUCCGAUCUCCGAGUUCUGUUUUGUCUCUUGAUUCUAUGCAGCGGAUGUUUCAAUCCGUGCUGAAUAUGCAGUGUUUUUUGUGUUGUUGCUCGAUGAAAGGGAAGCAUUAAGAAGUUCUCCUUGGGCUUAGUAUGGUGAAAUUGUCAUGAUAUUGAUAUGCCGACAGAACCUUUCUGAACUAAUUUGAAGACUUGAAGGUUUUUUAUCUACACCCAGAUACCACAUUUGAAAUUAUGAAUCACCGGGACGAGAGAUUUGUGAGGUUUCAGGACUUGAAUUCUGAGAGAGCCUUGAUCACAGGGAGGAUAUCCUCGUGUGGAAAAGGAAAAAGAUUCAGUUGGAUAGUGAAAAUCUUUUACAAAUUAGUUCAGUUUAUACAGGAAACAAUUAGAAGUACUUCUUUUGACAAGUCUAUGAAAGAUUCAGCUCUAGAAGAACCACAGUCUAGGAAAAAAGUACUUGAUCCUCAAGGAACUUUUCUUCAAAGGUGGAACAAAAUUUUUGUUCUUUCUUGUGUGAUUGCAGUAUCAGUGGAUCCCCUAUUCUUUUAUAUCCCAAUAAUUAAUGAUAAUAAUAAUUGCCUUUAUCUGGAUAAAAAGUUAGAAACCACUGCAAGUACCUUGCGGUCUUUCACGGAUAUCUUUUAUGUACUCCAUAUUAUUUUCCAAUUUAGAACUGGUUUCAUUGCUCCUUCAUCACGAGUUUUUGGAAGGGGUGUUUUGGUUGAAGAUUCAUCAGCAAUAGCAAAAAGAUAUUUGUCUUCAUACUUCCUCAUCGAUAUACUUGCUGUCCUUCCUCUUCCACAGGUAGUCGUACUGAUCAUAGUGCCAAGAUUGAAAGAGUCAUCUCCAUUGGAUGCGAAAGACCUAUUGAUGCUUAUUAUCUUAUUCCAGUAUGUCCCUAGACUUAUAAGGAUCAUACCCUUGUAUAUGGAAGUGACUAGAUCAGCUGGAAUAAUCACUGAAACAGCUUGGGCUGGGGCUGCCUUCAACCUCCUGCUUUACAUGCUUGCAAGUCACGUUCUUGGGGCAUUCUGGUACUUGCUUUCAGUUCAACGAGAAGAUGCAUGCUGGAAACAUGCUUGUUCAAUAAAUAAUUGCAACAUUACAUCCUGGUACUGUGGAAAAGAGAACGGCCAAGACAAUGGCUUUGUAGUUGAUGCAUGCCCCAUACAAAAUCCUAACAGUUCUGUCUUUGACUUUGGAAUCUACCAAUCAGCCCUUAAAAAUAUUGUUCAGACUAGAAAUUUUCCACAGAAGUUCUUCUACUGCUUUUGGUGGGGGCUGCAGAAUCUCAGUUCUCUUGGACAAAACCUGAGCACAAGUACUUAUGUAUGGGAGGUUCUCUAUGCUGUUUUUGUAUCUGUCUCAGGCUUGGUACUUUUUUCACUUCUAAUUGGUAAUAUGCAGACUUAUCUUCAGUCCACCACUGUAAGAGUAGAAGAAAUGAGAGUAAAAAGGCGAGAUUCAGAGCAAUGGAUGUCUCAUCGCUUACUUCCAGAGAGCUUGAGGGAUAGAAUUCGUCGGCAUGAACAGUACAGAUGGCAAGAGACAAGAGGCGUUGAUGAGGAGAGCCUCCUUCGAAACCUUCCUAAGGAUCUUAGAAGAGAUAUCAAGCGACACCUUUGUUUGGCUCUGCUCAUGAGGGUUCCAAUGUUUGAAAAGAUGGAUGAUCAACUAAUGGAUGCCUUGUGUGAUCGCUUGAAACCUGCUUUAUACACUGAAGAAAGCUGCAUUGUUCGUGAAGGAGAUCCUGUCGAUGAAAUGCUCUUCAUCAUGAGAGGGAAGUUGCUGAGUGUGACCACAAACGGGGGAAGGACUGGUUUCUUCAAUUCUGAGUAUCUUAAAGGCGGUGACUUCUGUGGCGAAGAGCUGCUCACUUGGGCUCUCGACCCACAUUCGUCUUCCAGCCUUCCAAUCUCAACGAGGACGGUGAAGGCGUUAUCUGAAGUCGAAGGUUUUGCUCUGUCAGCUGAUGAUCUGAAAUUCGUUGCAACCCAAUUCCGAAGACUCCACAGCAAGCAGCUCCGGCACACAUUUAGGUUUUAUUCACAGCAGUGGAGAACUUGGGCAGCUUGUUUUAUACAGGCUGCUUGGCGUCGCUAUUCACGCAAGAAGCUGGAGGAAUCCCUCCGUGAAGAGGAGGGCAGGUUGCAGGCUGCACUUGUGAAAGGCAACAGCAAUUCACCAAGCCUUGGAGCCACAAUUUAUGCCUCCAGGUUUGCUGUUAAUGCGUUACGGGCCUUGCGACGAAAUGGGACGCGGAAGACCCGGCUACAGGAUAGGCUGCCAGUGAUGCUGUUGCAGAAACCCUCAGAGCCUGAUUUCACCGCCGAGGAACACUAGCAAAUCUGUUGAUAUUUGUUUCUGUGUCACUCCUUCGCUGGUGGGUUUGAAAUUAUUUUAUGAUCUAUGGCUUUUGGGUGUACUGUUAUGUGUGCUUGUGAUGGCAGAGGACAUCCAACAGUUUUUAAGGCAUUACCAUUGGAGCGAGAAAUGUUAUCCAAGCCAUGGUGAUGUCUGUAUGCUGCUGUUUGUACAUAAAUCAAACUAAGAGGGGCAAUUUUUUUCUUAUAAGUUUCUCCUUUUUAGUAUUGGAUGACAUAUGUAAUAUUGUAGAGGAAAUUUAUUACGAGUGCUACUAUUUCGACCAAUUAAUUAAGGGAAGUUUUCUUAUUA